CCGUCCAAUGGGUGGCGGAGGAGGCCUCCGCAACGGGCCAAUCAGGGCGGUGCGGAGAUGGUGACCAAUCAGCAGACGCCGCUGCCGGCUUUAUAAACUUCACAUAGGCAUUUGGAGGCUAUACUCCGACUGUGAAAGAAGGAAGCUAGCUAGCGCCAUGGCCAGAACCAAGCAAACCGCUCGCAAAUCCACCGGUGGCAAAGCACCCAGGAAGCAGCUCGCCACCAAGGCUGCGCGCAAGAGCGCCCCGGCCACCGGCGGCGUGAAGAAGCCUCACCGUUACAGGCCCGGCACCGUGGCUCUUAGAGAGAUCCGUCGUUACCAGAAGUCCACUGAGCUGCUGAUCCGCAAGCUGCCUUUCCAGCGCCUGGUGCGAGAAAUUGCCCAGGACUUUAAGACCGACCUGCGCUUCCAGAGUUCCGCAGUGAUGGCCCUGCAGGAGGCAAGCGAGGCUUACCUGGUCGGCCUGUUCGAGGACACCAACCUGUGCGCCAUCCACGCCAAGAGGGUGACCAUCAUGCCCAAGGACAUCCAGCUGGCCCGUCGUAUUCGCGGAGAGCGUGCACCAAUCAGCAGACGCCGCUGCCGGCUUUAUAAACUUCACAUAGGCAUUUGGAGGCUAUACUCCGACUGUGAAAGAAGGAAGCUAGCUAGCGCCAUGGCCAGAACCAAGCAAACCGCUCGCAAAUCCACCGGUGGCAAAGCACCCAGGAAGCAGCUCGCCACCAAGGCUGCGCGCAAGAGCGCCCCGGCCACCGGCGGCGUGAAGAAGCCUCACCGUUACAGGCCCGGCACCGUGGCUCUUAGAGAGAUCCGUCGUUACCAGAAGUCCACUGAGCUGCUGAUCCGCAAGCUGCCUUUCCAGCGCCUGGUGCGAGAAAUUGCCCAGGACUUUAAGACCGACCUGCGCUUCCAGAGUUCCGCAGUGAUGGCCCUGCAGGAGGCAAGCGAGGCUUACCUGGUCGGCCUGUUCGAGGACACCAACCUGUGCGCCAUCCACGCCAAGAGGGUGACCAUCAUGCCCAAGGACAUCCAGCUGGCCCGUCGUAUUCGCGGAGAGCGUGCAUAAACGAUGACCUGAUCUCCAAAAUCCCCCAAAGGCUCUUUUAAGAGCCACCUCCAUAUUUCAGUCAAAAAGGCACAAUUGUUCCAUUUGUACACGCCCCUUUCCCACCGUGUUCCCUGCUCUCGAGUCCCUACAGACCGUGGUUCGAUUCCAGGCUGUAUCAGGCUGAUUGUAAUUAAGAGUUGGUUCUUAACUGACUUGUGUCGUUUCAAUAACGCUCUCUAUAUGUGAUUAGAUGUAUGCCUAGAGUAGAAGAGGGGGAAAAUACACUAUCAGUAAUAAGUGAUAGUAAUGAUAUAGGGCAAACAACUGACUUUGAAAGUCCCAUGUUGCAGUGCCGCUGAUGAGAGGGGA